AUGGAUUUGACGAGUCAAAUCUUCUGGAGCAUUGUUCUGCCUCUUUUCAACGAAGUGGUGGGAGGAAUCCUGGGCGACUGGGCCGAUUUCCUUGUGUUCCUGAUCUCCCAUCAACAAAAUGAUGGAUCUAUUGCCGUUAUGGAAACCUUGCUGAGCGACGCCAUGCAAAUGAUGGAAACAAAAAUUCUUGAAUUUCGAAAAGAAUGUGUAAAUUACUGCGACCUCAUGAAUCUGACAGCGGAACAGGAAGACAAGUUUGAGGUCUUGAAGAGGGAUCUUAAACAAUUCAAAAGCAUCAUGAACAGCAUGAAACAUCCUGGAAUCACAUAUGCGUGCUCCGAUUCUGCUAAGGAAUGGAACCACGCAUACAUCGACCUUCUCAUUGAUGUUUGUGGUGCAUAUGAAUCAGGAUUGGAGACCAACUUCGAGAAACUGUCCCAGAAACAUUACUCAGAUUUCGAGAAGAGAGAUUGUGAUGAGGAGACGGUGGCCCUCUACAGAAUUGCAACCUUUCUCCUGAGCCGCAACAAAAAAGAAGUACUUCAGAAAUUCCCGAAGCUACACGAUGAAAAUUUUCUCCGAACGGAACAAUUGAACGAAGUGAGAAGAGCUCGAAUCUCUUUCGCUCGAUGUGCGGACAGCAUAUUGGAUCAUGAAUUGUUGAAGAAGUUCACCGAAGCAAUUGCCAGUCCUCCACGUGAUGAAACAUCGUGGGCUCAGUACCUCUUCAACAUUUUCUCUUGUAUGGAUCUGGAAUCAAAUGAAGUGGACAGUAGAAUUUUGAAUGAUCUCAGAUAUGGAUUGGAGGUGUUUGCCAAAGAACAAAAUACUCAGAAUAAGGAGAAAAAGAACAAACAUAUUGAGAAAUGUUUGGAAUCUACAAAACGCUCUCUCGAUGCAAAAUAUCAAAAUUCUCCAACUCUUCUCUCACCGAAUAAUAAGGUUCUCAUUGCUCUUAUUCAAAUGAAUUUUCACCACCACCGAGAUCUGCAGACAGACAAGGAUGCCCUCAUCUCCAGCGACUGGCUCAGAAGUGUGAUUGAUUCGAUGAAAAAAUUGGGUUUGAAAGAGUACGAAACAUUUUGGUAUUUUCUGGAGACAAUCAAAAAAACUUCUCUGGGAGACAAUAUUGCUGAAGAUAUUCUAGAGAUUCUCAAUAAUUGGAAAAAACUAAGUGUCAGAAAUAAGAAGUUAUUUGAUUUGAUCGAGAACGAAAUGAAAGUCAAGAUGAGCCAAAGUAACAAGCGAUCGAGAGCCGAAGAGAUUGAAAAGAAAAAGAACGAAUGGAAAAAAAGAAGAGUGGAAAAUAAAAUGAGAAAGCUUGAAAAAGACGGCUUGCAGAAAAAAAGAAGAACGAAGAAAGGAAUGCAAUUUCUUGAAAGAGAAGACUUGCAAAGAAGACCUUCAUCGAGCCGCAGAGUAAAUCAAGAAUAUCAAGAGCAAGUUCAUGAAGAUCAAAAUCAAGUUCAUGACGACCAAAAUCAAAUUUAUGACGAUCAGGAGCAAGUACAUCCAGAAAUGGAGAUGAAUCUUCACAACGCCACAAAUUCGUCUCUUGUCACUAUCACUCAGGAGAGAGGGGAGUUAAUAAUAGGCCUUGUCAUCCUUUCUCGCCCUAGGAUUCAAGCCAUGAUGAAGGGAUUCUCCGACUUUCCACAUCCCAUUCGUGUGAUGGAAAAUGAAAAAGCUAUUCAAGAUUUCAAUGAUUUCCUUGACAAAACAACAUGCAGAGCUGUCGUCCAAAAACUUGUCGAGGAAAUCGUUGAUGGAAAUCAUGUGGAACAAUAUGAAUAUCAUGGAGAUACAACUUCUGUACCAAGAGAUGAUCAAGAAGAGGAUGUAAAUCAAGGCAUAACUUCAGAGUCCGGAGAUGAUCUCAACGAAAUUAAAGACGAUGACAAUGCCACAUGCAGAGAUGUCAUCCAAAAACUUAUUGAGAAAAUCGCUGAUGGAAAUGAAGUUGAACGAGAUGAAAUUCAUGAAGAAGAGACAACUCUGAGAAGCUACGGAAUUCUCGAAGACGAACUCGAACAAAAUGCACAAGACGGAUCCAGUAAUGAAGGAUCAGCUCCACAAGAAGCACUCGACAAGAGAUCUGUGCCAAGCGAUGAUCAAGAAACAGAUGAAGAUCAAGAAAAGAUACCGGAGUCAGGAGAGGAUCAAGAUGAAAGUGAAGAUUAUGACUUUUUUGAUGACGGUAUUGACCUUGGAUAA